AUGCGAACGACACGACAUCUUCUUCUCCUCCUCAUCGGGUGCCUGGCGGUCACGGGGUCCGUCGUGGCCGCGGACGAGGGCGUCGUCGUCGAGGUCGAGGCUGACGAAGUCAUAGGGUCGGACUUCUCGGCCGACUCGAACGGGACGAGGCGAUUCGCGCUGACGGACGAGGAGAGAGAGGGGCUGGCGAAGCUCUUCGAAUCCGUCGACGUGGACGGGUCCGGAGGCGUGGACUACCUCGAGCUGGCGUCGUUCCUCCGCGCCAUGUCGGAGCUGGACGACGACCUCAAGGCCGCCAUCUCGCCUAGCAACGUGUACAAGCUCUUCGCCAGAUCGGACGACGACGGCGACGGGAGGCUAUCGGACGGCGAAUUCGGCGCCGCGCUCGUGGCGUGGUCCGCGGAGGAGUGGUCGGACGCGGACGAACCACGACGCGCACCCGCGGGAGGCCGGCACCCGCCGUGGGAAGACUCGCGAGACGCGAGCGGAGGCGACGACGGGGGGAUCGAACAAAAGGCUGGCGACCGGGGCGACGCGCGCGAGUGGGAGUGGACCGCGGGCGUCGCCAGCGCGGCGUGCGUGCUCUGCGUCACGGGUCACCCGCGGAACUGCGGUCCCCCGUCGCCGCCGGGGUGCGAGGUUUACGAGUUUCGCCACGUGGGCAUCGCCGUCGCGGAGAGUAGGGCGCACGCGGCGACGCUCGGAAACUUUCUUCGAAGACGCGGGCUGACGCACGAGUGAUGA